AGACUGUGGCUUCCACAAGCCAGACACAGGUUCUCAGGCUUCUCUCCCCUCUUUCACUGCUGCAGUCCCUUCGAAUCCCGCCACCAUGUCGGACCCAGAAACUGAGGGCUUGCGAAGCACCUUUCCCUCUUACAUGGCGGAGGGCGAGCGGCUGUAUCUAUGCGGGGAGUUCUCUAAAGCUGCUCAUAGCUUCAGCAAUGCUCUUCAUCUUCAGGAUGGAGAUAAGAACUGCCUGGUUGCCCGCUCCAAGUGCUACCUGAAGAUGGGGGAGUUGGAGAAAUCCCUGAAGGAUGCUGAGGCUUCACUCCGGGAAGACCCAACUUUCUGCAAGGGGAUUUUACAAAAGGCCGAGACCCUGUAUACCAUGGGAGACUUUGAAUUUGCCUUGGUGUUCUACCAUCGAGGCUACAAGCUGCGGCCUGAUCGGGAAUUCAAAGUUGGAAUUCAGAAAGCCCAGGAAGCCAUCAACAACUCUGUGGGAAGCCCUUCUUCAAUAAAACUGGAGAACAAAGGGGACCUUUCCUUCUUAAGCAAGCAGGCUGAGAAUCUAAAAGCCCAGCAGAAGCCUCAUCCCCUGAAAUACCUCUCACACCACACCAAAAGAGAAUGCAAGAGGAGAGGCUCCCUCAAGAGUGAGAAGAUUGUCCGUCAGCUUCUGGGAGAGCUCUACGUGGACAAGGAGUAUCUGGAGAAGCUCCUGUUGGAUGAAGACCUGAUCAAAGGAACCAUCAAGCAUGGCCUGACGGUGGAGGACCUCAUCAUGACGGGCAUCAACUACCUGGACACCCGCAGUGACUUCUGGAGGCAGCAGAAACCCAUUUAUGCCAGGGAGCGGGACCGGAAGCUGAUGCAAGAGAAGUGGCUGCGGGACCGCAAACGCAGCCCCUCCCAGACGGCCCACUACAUUCUUAAGAGCCUUGAGGAUGUUGACAUGCUGUUGAGUAGCGGCAGUGCUGAAGGCAGCCUUCAGAAAGCUGAGAAAGUGCUGAAGAAAGUACUGGAAUGGAACAAGGAAGAUGUACCCAACAAGGAUGAACUGGUUGGAAACUUAUACAGCUGCAUAGGGAAUGCCCAGAUUGAGCUGGGCCAGAUGGUAGCAGCCCUGCAGAGCCACAGGAAGGACCUGGAGAUCGCCAAGGAAUAUAACCUGACUGAUGCCAAAUCGAGAGCCCUUGACAAUAUUGGCAGGGUUUUUGCCAGAGUUGGAAAAUUCCAGCAAGCCAUUGAUACGUGGGAGGAGAAGAUCCCUCUGGCCAAAACUACUCUGGAGAAGACUUGGUUGUUUCAUGAGAUCGGUCGCUGCUACUUAGAGUUGGACCAGGCCUGGGAGGCCCAGAACUAUGGUGAGAAGUCCCAGCAAUAUGCCGAGGAAGAAGGGGACAUCGAGUGGCAGCUGAAUGCCAGUGUUCUGGUGGCUCAGGCACAAGUGAAGCUGAGAAAUUUCGAGGCAGCUGUGAACAACUUUGAGAAGGCCCUGGAUAGAGCGAAGCUGGUCCACAACAACGAGGCGCAGCAAGCCAUCAUCAGUGCCUUGGAUGAUGCCAACAAGGGCAUCGUUGAAGAACUGAAGAAAACAAACUACAGGGACAUUCUCAAAGAGAAGAAAGAGAAAGAUGAGGCCAUUGAACCAGACACUACAGAAGUGACGCCAAAGGGGAAGGAAGCCACGAGAAAAAUGAGAGAUGAACCAGAGAAAGUGAUGAAGCAGUGGGAAAGAGAACACUUUGAGAGUGAGAAAGAGACAGAAGAUGAGUCGUCCAAGGAAGCACUGAGGGUCACAGUGACUGGAACAAAGAACAGGCAACAGAGUAGAGAAAAGCCCAGCAAUUUUGGGAAAAUGGAACCAGGAGCAGUGGGCAAAGAGUCAGGAGCUGUUGCCAAGGGACAAUCAGGAGAAGUAAGUGGAGAAUUCUCGCAACUGGGCAGAAGAGAGUCAAGAGAAAUUUACAGGAGGCCUUCAGAUUUAGACCAAAAACUAUCAGAACCAGAGGACAGUUUUUCAGAAGACAGCAGGACAAAAUAUGAGGAAAGAGAAUUGGGAGAAACAGAAUAAACGAAAACAACAAAGAGUGCUUAAAAAAUUGGGAGAAGAUGAGUGAAACCAUGCUAGCAGUCACCAGGGGCCAGGAAGCUGCCAUUCGCUGGGACUCCUGCGUGCAGCUCUUACUAAACUGGACUUUUGAGCUGAGAUUAGUAUUUUAUAGCAAAAACUAAGGACUAGGUCCCAGCAGUCACUUCUUCCUCUUUCAGUCACUGUUUCUCCUUUAAAUAGAAUGUCUUUCAUGCUUACAAA